AAAAUCUAAAUUGAAGUCAUGUAGAAUUAUCAUUACUUCUGACGUCAUAUUCUAAUCAUUGAACCGUGCCUGAAUGGAAUCUGGACGUAAAACCGACAAGAAAUGGCUCCCGAUCAUGAUAUUCAUCGUGAUCGUCUGUCCGGAUUUAUCGUUCGCGGAAGCAGUAGAAGACACAAAUGUUCUGGGCGACUUCAUCUACAUUCCUGGAAUGAGAAUGUCUGAAUAUAACUUCUGGUUGCAAACAAAUGACGUGGAAGAGUGCGCCAAACAUUGCGUAGACGAGACGAGAAUCUAUUGCAAAAGUUUCAGUUUUCGUAAGAGCAAACCAGGAUGUGGAACGUACGAGAACGCACGGGAAGACGCGCCUUCUGGAAAGUACGGAACGCCGACUGCUCCCCUAACCGAAGCUGGCGUCUACCCGAAUUGGGGAUAUUAUGAACGAAAAACCUUGGAAUAUAAGAUUUUAGAACACAAGAUGCAUCGUAUACAAAAUCUUACAGAAAUUAGCGUUGAUGAAGCGACCGAGGUACUUUCUGAUUUUGGUAACUCGUUGAACUCUGAACCGGAAGACGAUGGGAGUGGAAAAGAAUUUCCGGUAUCACCUGGAGAGUUGGAUCUCAUGAGUCAAAUGAUGGAGCUUGUAGUGAAUCUGAAUCCGAUAGUCAAUGCAACCGCUAAAAUCAGUGAAAAUUUUGCCAAAGUACUUGUUAACGUCAGUGAUUCAAUGAUGAAACCGACGCACAAGCAAUCAUGGAAAUCCUUGCAAAGAGACCCAAAUGUCACCGGAAUCGCUGGUAUAGUGACGUCAUCUGAAGUGGUCACACGUGACGUCAGCGAGAGACUUUUAUUUUACGACAAUUCAACUUCAAUAGUAGCGGAAUCCGAAAACAUAGGAAUGUGGAUGGACAUUGUCGAAUUUCCUGUAAUCAAUCCAGCAAUUUCGAAGGCUUUGUUGAUGGCAUCUCUCAAAAAAACUGAAACAAAAACGGACAAAAAAGGAGACGAAGAAUCCGACAAGGGGACGUUUGGAAUCGACACAGAUACUAUGUAUAUCUUUCCGUCGAAAACAACCCAAAAGAAAAAUGUUGAAGGGCGAGUCGUAACUACUGUUUCGCCACAACAAAGAGAUGACGUACUCGCUGGUGAUAUCAUCAUGGUUCCAAGGAGUGCAUUACGGAACAGAUCAGUUGUGACGCAUGUCAGAUACAAAGGCUUAAGUGACGUCAUACCAUCACGUGAUGCUGACGUAAAAUAUCCCAGAAAAGGAACAACGCACCGUGUGAAUAGCGCUGUACUGACCACUAGUGUUCAUCCCAAACCGGCAAAGCACGUUUUCAAAGACGAUCCCGUAGUUAUUAUUUUUCACCCACGGCGGAGAAAAUGGGAGGAUCUGGCGGUUACAGAAAGCACGACAUCCCCGGAAAAUGCUGAUAAUUCUUCGGGCUCACCAAUUGAAGGAACGACCGCACCUAAUACGAUAGAAGAGUCUCUGCAUUGUGUAUAUUGGGAAGAAGGAGAUGGUUCGUCACCUGGUGGCUGGUCGAAAGAAGGAUGCGAGCUAGAAUUGACGAAUGAAACUCAUACCAUCUGUAAAUGCGUUCAUUUGACUAGCUUUGCGGUUCUUCUGAAGAUGGUUGAUACCAGUGUGGAAGACGAUUCCUAUCUUUUACAUAACUUAGCGUUGAGCUGGAUUUCAUACAUCGGAUGUGCUCUGUCUCUAGGAGGAGUCCUAGUCAUGUGUGGAGCUUUCAUCAUGUUGAAAUUUCACACAGAGAACAUGAAGAUUCAUUUUAAUCUUGGGGUUGCAGUAGGUGCAGCUGAUCUAGUGUUUAUGUUUGAAGAACUUGCACAAGGGCAACAAUACAGCUGUAUAUUAGUUACAGUGUUGCUGUAUUACUUCAAUAUGGCAGUUUUGUCUUGGAUGCUGAUUGAAGGCUUGUUUCUUUAUUCCCAAGUUGUUGUUGUAUUCGUCUCCGCUCGACGUUGGGUGAAGUAUUAUGUAUUUGCUGGUUGGGGAAUCCCCGCUAUUGUCAUGGGAAUUUCCAUGGGAAUUUUGAACGUACAGCUGGGAACAAAUAAAAUCUGCUGGUUAUCACCAUCUGACAAUUCUAUUUGGGCAUUUGCUGCGCCUGCAAUACUUGUGAUCUUUAUCAAUUUUGUUAUCCUGGUCUCUGUUGUUCGAGUCAUUGUGGGAAUCCAACCUGACCAAACUAAUAAUGUCAGAAUCAGCAAAGUCAAAAACGCGGUAAAAGGGAGUAUCUUUCUGUCUCCACUUCUUGGUACGACGUGGUUAUUUGGCCUCUUGUCUCUGAGCCAUGAUACUUUACUGUUCCAGUACCUUUUUGCGACGACGAACUCUCUCCAAGGAUUCUUUUUAUUUGUUUUCCACUGCUUAUGUAAUUCAGAGGUGAGAGCUGAUUUUGCUCGUCGUCACAAUUUAAAGUCAUCAUCUCACGGGGGGAAAUCCCCUCCCUGGUUUUCUGGUGUGUUCGGUCUGAACGUGGCUUCUGGACUACGAAAGUUCCGAGACAGCAUAAGUUUUGACUUCGCUAGUUCUUCUCAUCCCAGUUCAAACUCGGAACAUUCUACUGGAGGGGAAGCUGUAAAGGAAUCACCAAAGGACUCGAAACGAAAACUUUCAACAAUUCCUGACGCAGACGAAAUCAUUACUGAGUCAAAAAUUCCACGACUAAAACGAAAGUGGACAAGCAAAUCAUUGACUGCGCCGAAUACAAAUAAGAAGAUCAGCAGUAAAUUUACUAGAAGAGAGAAAACAAGUCUCGGGCACAAUGAAAAGCAGAAGACUACUUCGGCUAAGGUCGAUGCAAUUGGUUUGGAACAAUUCACGACUGAAACAUUCAAAUCAGAUCAGGUUGAAGACAAUAAUGGCACAGAUAAGAUAACGAGUGAUGAUUCUGAUACAAAUUCAAUAACUCCUGAUACAGAGGACAGCAAACAAGUCGGUUCGGUGUUCAAGAAAACUCAUCUCCUUCCUCCAAUCCUGGGAAUGCCAGUCAAAAACGACACGAUUCAUAUUACGAGAACAAAUAAGAUUUCACCAAGUCCAAUGACAAGGCAUCAGCAACUUGCAUUGGAUCCAAUGCUGCAACAUUUGAGUGACCAGAAAGAAAAUGAAAACGAAGCAAUGAACUCGGAAUAUGUUGAUCAGAUACCAAAAGAAUCAAACGCAAUGGACGACUCUUUACCUAAAUCUCCAACAUUGGCAUUCAGUGAAGAAAGUAAACAGACAAACGACAGUUGUCCGGAAUCAGUACAAGCAGGAGACAAUACGAAAUUUUCUCCUGGCCAUGUAAACGAGGUCGAUUUGAACAAAACGCAAGCGGAUCUCCAGAUCGAAGAUGUUUUAGAUGAAGAUGAGAAAGAAGCGUACAAGAUACCAAUGAGUUAUGAUUCUGGGUUGAAUAGUAUUGACAAUGAAUCUUUGCUGGAGGAAGAAUACUAUGCGGAUGAAUACAUUGAAAUGCCUUACGGCAGAUUCAAAGUAGGCAUACAUGGAUGUGAUGUUGUAAUAUAGUUGUUCUUGUAUUGUUAUGUUCGUUACAACUUUUGUUUUAUACCGCGAUCAAUGGCAAUUUCGUUUUUAAGAGGUGUAAAUUUGUGACCUUACUACGAGUCCACCUUAACAUAUAAAGUUUUUCAUCUGUCUACCUUAUGUAUGAUCAAAUUCGCUCUUUACUUUCUUAUAGUUUGAGUAUAACAAAUGUUAGUCCUUAUGUGCUUCGUCUUGCAAGAAAAGAUUAAAAUUGCUAUAAGCAUAUUACUAUUAUUACACUCAAGUUAUAUCAAAAGCAGUAACCAAAGGCCCAAUAAAUCUCAUUUCAGACUAAAUGGAAUUGUCGACUGUUUAGCAAUUUCCUAUGUUUUUUUUAAAACUUGCAUAUUUGAGAAAAAAUAAUUAUGGAAUUUUUCAAAGGUUUCGCUGUUGUUUUGCGUUUUUAUAUUUGUUACCUAUCUGAAGAUUUUAUUCCUAAUUUUCUGUCUUGUUUUUUUCUUUAUUGUUUGUACAUUAUCUGCAUGUAGAAACUCACAUUCCCACUUGUUUCUGAAGAAAUUUGCUCAAAAAGCAAGUUACGAAUACUCAUUCGAAUGUAUAGAAGAUUGAUUUCUAAACAAAGUUACAGGCGAACACCGAAUUGCCAAGACUAUAGGAAACUAUGGUGCAGAAUUCCGCGUUACUACAUACAGAUUGACGCAAUGCUUGAAGUAGUUCAUGCUAAUAUGAUCGAAAAAUAGCUUUGAGGUCAAUUCCACUUUACUGGAAUUCUUCGAAAAAAUAAGGGUUCACAAUUUGUUUGUCUUGUUGAUACACUGCCAGUAAAGGGAUAAAAGCUAAAAUCCAACCCUAUUUAACAACAAAAAACUUCUUUGGAAUGACAAGUUGGAAAAGGUCAGAAGAACACACAGGGUACCAAUUUUUCAAAUUCCACAAAUAAGAUUUGACUUUUGUUUAUCAUUUGUAGCCUGUCCUAUAUUGAUUGCAUUCUUCCUGGAGAAUUUGAAUCAUGAGUUUUAUCAUUUUUAUUUUUUUUUCUAUAUUUUUGUUGUUGUUCUAUUUUUCGGUAUACUUUACUACUGUGGAUAGUAGGUUUGUUGUGUAUUCAUUGUUGUCAAUACUGUUAGAAAAUAAUACUAACAAUUUGUAGUAGUUUAAUUAAUAAGUUUCGUUCCCUAGAAUGUUCCCAAAGUAACCCAUGGGAUUGAGAAUGAAAAAAUAGCUGGAGGUAAAUAUUUGGUGGUCCACAAGUAUACGCACCAAGAUGUCGCACAAACUGAAUUCUAAUCGGUACACACAUAUUAUGUCAGGUUGUGCGCCAUCUUGGUGCGCAUACUUCUGGAGUUCCAAAUAUUUAUUAUACUCCCAUUCAAGGCGAUUUUGCGGUCUAAAAUGGGAUUGCCUUCUUUAGU